AUGGCUACAAAAUGCGAAAAGAUGCUAGGACAUGACUAUAUGAGAAGACAUAAUGAGGUAGUCAAGUGUAUACACAUGCUGCUGUGUAAGAAAUAUAAGAUAGAAGAUUCAGGAAAGAAACUAAGAAGUCAUUCAGUCCAACAAAUAGUGGCCAAUAAAUAUGUAAAAAUAAGAAUAGAUACUACCAUAAAGAUAGACGUGAAGAUAAAAUACAAUAAGCCAGACAUUGUCGUUAUUGAUAAAAAGAGUAAAGAAAUAUUAAUUGUUGAAAUUGGUGUUACUUCGAUUGACAAUCUACAACAGGUAGAAUCUAAGAAGUUAAGAAAGUACGACGUAUUGGUUAAUGAACUUGGUUUGAUUCAUGAAUGCAAAACAAGAAUAAUUCCAUAUGUAUUGACAUGGGAUGGUAUCGUUACAAAAUACCAUGCAAAAUACAGGAAGGAGCUUGCAAUCUCUGAUCAAAUUGAAGCUUAUAUUCAAUCGGUCGCUCUAAAAAAACUCUUGAAAGUGUCUCGAUGGAGUUCAGCCGAGGAGCAGAUCUGA